CAGGUGAGGUCCGACAUCGUCACUGAGGUUACCCAAGAUGCAGUGGUCUGCUUCACUCCGUGUGUUUCUGCUGCUCCUUAUGGUUGGCUGUGAGUCAAUCUACUCAGCUGGCAACAUCAACUGCAAAAUUCCGCCAUUCGACAGAAGAAGAUGUUAUCAAGUGUAUACUAGUAAUCCACAUUUGAAUUACAGCGACGCCUCUACGGCCUGUAGAGCUACACAGCAACGACUGGCUUCCAUGGAAACUGAACAACUGGUGAUGUUCGUCAAAGCCAAUAUCCAAUUCCAGUUGAUCUGGAUCGGCCUCUCUCGGACAAGCGAUGGACAACCGGACGUGUGGACGAGUGGGAAGCAGCUACAGGCUAGUCUCUACCCAUCCGUGACCCUCAGUGUUAACAGAGGAAGCCAAGAUGUCGGGAAGCUGUGCUCACUAAUCCUAAAUGGCUCUACAGUCACAUUCAUCAACACAUUGUGCAGCGGGACGGCGGACAGGCUGUGUGAAACUUUCAGAUCAAAUGUUUUCCAGGUCAGGCCGAUUGGUCACGUGGUGAAUGACGUCAGCGAAGGUCAACUGGUUAAUUCUGACAUCCCCAUCUCCAUCUUCGACUGCAUCCGCAAGUGCUGGGAGAACUGGACCUGCGAAGCGAUUGGUCACGAUGGAGUCACGUGUCUGCUGCACUUCCAACAGGCAGGUCACAAGGUCAACGUGACGUCCGCCAGAGUGGUGUACACACGGAUGAAGUGAAUCCAUCAGUCCUGCGAUGAAAAGGAAGAGAGCGAAAUUGUAUCGGACAGAAGCUGACAUUUAAUGAACGAGUUCCGGUGCUCGUUUACAGUUUCGAAGGACGUUUUCUUAUACGAUCCUAAAAUUUUAGGAGGAACCGUUAGCUGUCAUGUGUAAACCGUUAUUUUACUACCACUGUCACGUGCUUGUCGUUAGAAUUUUUAUUAGCGCCUCUGAAUCAUCGCCGCCGUGUGACACAAAAAUUAGUUAGUGAAGGUUAGUGUUUUUUGUGUCCAGUAUUUUGUAGCACAUUUUAUUAUCUUUUACAGUCAAAACUAUCUUGUACCAAUCACUACAUCCACGACUUCCUUUCUCUAUUCAUCCCUGUCUUUAUUCCCUCUGUCUGUUUAGUUCCAAGUCUCUCUCACUCUAGACUUCUCACUCCAUGUUUACAUCCCUAUGUUCAUCUUGAUAUCAGCAUUGACAUACAGUCUAGUACUGAAACAUCCUCUGAUGCUUUCCUUUAUGGCUUCACUCGUAUGUGGAUAUAAUCAGUUGCCGGCUAUCUUCUCUUGCUGUCAACCUCUUCGGUAAAAUCCUGUGGUAUGUAUACAUGUACUAUUAAUCCAUCUUUCUUACUGCAUCAUCUUUUCAUCAAUUGUCUUCUUUUUCUGUUGCUUCAUUUCUUCAGUGUUGUAGCAGUCUUUCUAGUCAUUCAAAUUUAUAUUAGUUCUAAUAAAUUUUUUUCUUAUUAUCUUUCUUCUUUUCUUUUGCGGAUUUCCAUGCACUCAGCUCAUAACAAAAUUUUAUUUUGGGAACUAAUUUACCAAAUAAAUCACAAUUAAAAUGUAGAUACAAAGUUUUAAGUGUCUAUACCUAUACUGUGCAUGUUA